CCGGGAGGGUACUUAGGGCCGGGGCUGGGCCAGGGUACGGUGGCUGCAGGGCUCCGGCAACCGCUCCAGCAACGCCACUGGCUCCGCGGCUCGCAGGCUGGGUUGCAGGCUCUCGGCUGCAGCGUUCGGUGGGUCUAGGAUCCAGCUUCCAACAUGUGGCAGUUCUGGGCCUCCCUCUGCUGCCUGCUGGCCUUGGCCGAUGCCCGGAGCAGGCCGUCUUUCCAUCCACUGUCGGAUGAGCUGGUCAACUAUGUCAACAAACGGAACACGACGUGGCAGGCCGGGCAGAACUUCUACAACGUGGACGUGAGCUACUUGAAGAGGCUGUGUGGUACCUUCCUGGGUGGGCCCAAGCCGCCCCAGAGAGUUAUGUUUACCGAGGACCUGAAGCUGCCUGAAAGCUUCGAUGCACGGGAACAAUGGCCACAGUGUCCCACCAUCAAAGAGAUCAGAGACCAGGGCUCCUGUGGCUCCUGCUGGGCCUUCGGGGCUGUGGAAGCCAUCUCUGACCGGAUCUGCAUCCACACCAAUGCGCACGUCAGCGUGGAGGUGUCGGCGGAGGACCUGCUCACCUGCUGUGGCAGCAUGUGUGGGGAUGGCUGUAAUGGCGGCUAUCCUGCUGAAGCCUGGAACUUCUGGACAAGAAAAGGCCUGGUUUCUGGUGGCCUCUAUGACUCCCAUGUAGGGUGCAGACCAUACUCCAUCCCUCCCUGUGAGCACCACGUCAACGGCUCCCGGCCCCCAUGCACAGGGGAGGGAGACACCCCCAAGUGUAGCAAGAUCUGCGAGCCUGGCUAUAGCCCGACCUACAAACAGGACAAGCACUACGGAUACAAUUCCUACAGCGUCUCCAAUAGCGAGAAGGAUAUCAUGGCCGAGAUCUACAAAAACGGCCCCGUAGAGGGAGCUUUCUCUGUGUAUUCGGACUUCCUGCUGUACAAGUCAGGAGUGUACCAACACAUCACCGGAGAGAUGAUGGGCGGCCAUGCCAUCCGCAUCCUGGGCUGGGGAGUGGAGAACGGCACACCCUACUGGCUGGUUGCCAACUCCUGGAACACUGACUGGGGUGACAACGGCUUCUUUAAAAUACUCAGAGGACAGGAUCACUGUGGAAUCGAAUCAGAAGUAGUGGCUGGAAUUCCACGCACCGAUCAGUAUUGGGAAAAGAUCUAAUCUGCCGUGGGCCUGUCCUGCCAGUCCUGGGGGAGUUUUCCCUGAAUACAGUCAGGGAUCGGGGCGAGAUGGGGGUAGAAAUGCAUUUUAUUCUUUGAGUUCACGUAAGAUACAAGUUUUAGACGGGGUCUGAAAGACUGGAUUGGCCAAACAUCAGCCAUCAGACCUGUCUUCCAAGGAGACAUAUCCCAAGUCCUGGCUACAUCCCAGCCUGUGGUUACAGUGCAGACAGGCCAUGUGAGCCACCGCUGCCAGCACACAGCGUCCUCCCGCUGUAGACUAGUGCUAUAGGGAGUGCCUGCUGCCCCAGCUGACUGUGGCCCCCUCCCCGAUCCAUCCAUCUCCAGGGAGCAAGACAGACCCAGGAAUGGAAAGCGAGUUCCUAACAGGAUGAAAGUUCCCCCAUCAGUUCCCCAGUACCUCUAAGCAAGUAGCUUUCCACAUUUGCUACAAGAUCACAGGAGAGAUGGUGUUGGGAGCCCUUUGAAGAACGCCACAGUCUCCCAGGCCCCCUCCAUCUAUUGAGUUUGCAAUGUCACAACCUCUCAUCUUGUGCUCAGCAUGAUUCUUUAAUAGAAGUUUUAUUUUUCGUGCACUCUGCUAAUCAUGUGGGUGAGUGAGUCGAACAGCUGGGAGACCUGUGCUAGUUUUACAGAUUGCCUCCUAAUGAUGCGGCUCAAAACUAAACCAAGUGGUCAGGACUUGUUUCAUACCCACUGAUCUCUACUACCACAAGGAAACUAGUUUAGGAGAAACCAGCUUUUACUGUGUUUUAAAAAUUACAACUUCACCCUGUCAAGUUAACAAGGAAUGCCUCUGCCAAUAAAAGGUUUCUCCUUCAACUUGAAGUUGGCUCUGAUGGGAUCUCAGAGAUCAUUUGUCACUGUCUAUAGAUUUGUAGCUGCUCUCUAUCCUUGUCCCUGCAGAGAAUCACGUCCUGGAACUGCAUGUUCUUGCGACUCUUGGGACCUCAUCUUAACUUCUCGCUGCCCCAGCCAUGUUUUCAACCAUGGCAUCCCUCCCUCUUAGUUCCCUGUCAUCCUCAUCAACCUUCUCUGUAAGUCCUUGGUAAGCUUGCCCUUGCUUAAGAACUAACAACAUAGCUAUGCUCUAUUUUUUUGUUGUUGUUGAGAUGGAAUCUCACUCUGUCGCCGAGGCUGCAGUGCAGUGGCACCAUCUCGGCUCACUGCAACCUGGGGCCUCCUAGAUUCAAGCGAUUCUCCUGCUUCAGCCUCCCGAGUAGCUGGGAUUACAGGCACUCACCACCAUGCUUGGCUAAUUUUUGUAUUUUUAAGUAGAUACGGGAUUUCACCAUGUUGGCCAGGCUGGUUUCCAACUCCUGGCCUCAGGUGGUCUGCCUGUCUCAAGCCUCCCACAGUGCUGGGAUUACAGGCGUGAGCCACCGGGCCCGGCCUGUGUUUUUUAUCAGCCACAAAUCCAGCAACAACCUGAGGAUUCAGCUCAUAAAAUACACCUGGUGUCUUGGUGAUCUCACAUAACCAAGAUGCUAUCCCGUGGAGAACUGCAUCCCCCUAGAUGCCCUCCAGUCUUGGUUUGGGCUGGAGUCAGAGCCUGUAUACGGUAUUUCGAAUUUGUAUGCCACUGGUUUGCUUUGCUGGUCAGGAACUCUAGUGCUUUGCAUAGCCCUGGUUUUUGAAUCAUGUUACAGCAGUUCUUGGUGUAGAGGUAACUAGAAGAACCAGCAAUGAUUCCACUGUUCUGCCAAGGGUACACCUCAGUACUCCCCUUCCCAACUGAGGUGGUAUGGGGCUAGCUCUUUCCGAAAGCACUGAAGUUUGGCUUCUGAUGUGACUCAGAAGUUAGGAACCAGAAGCUACAUCAAAUAAGCUCUGAAAAUCUGAGGAGCAUUGUAGGAAAGGUUUGUUAUGCUCAUCAUGGCACUUAAGAGAUGCUUAACAAAGGAUACCAAAGCCACAAAUUCAUAACCACUUAAUCUUCCAGUUUCAACUAGAAUAUAUUCAUAACCUCAAUAAAGUUCUACCUGCUCCCAAA